UGGUCACGGGGGUCACCGUCAGCUUUAUUCGGAAGGACUAAACAUGGCGGCGACAGCGGCAGGCAAGAAGGUGUUUGAAGUAUUUGUGUCAAAAGUACCAUGGACCGUCGCAACGAAGGAAGUUAAAGAAUACUUUAGGCAGUUUGGCCAGGUGAAGAAGUGUCUACUGCCUUUUGAUAAAGAGACAGGUUUUCAUAGGGGGUUUUGCUGGAUAGGGUUCACUACGGAGGAAGGACUGCAGAAUGCAUUACAAAAGGAUCCUCACAUCAUUGAAGGAGCAAGGCUCCAGGUGCAAAAAAACAGAAAGCCGUUUUCUGGAAGAAAAUCAAACAAAGAAGCAGAAGACAUCUGAAGAGGACAUCAGAAAUGAUCUGAUUUCAAGCGUCAAGUGUCUCCAGCAACACAGAAUUGUAUUUAUUGUGGAUGUUUCAUCACUGGGUGCACUUGUUUUUCAGAAGCCUAAGGAGUGUUGAUUGCUGUUGUAUUGUCUAGUGUUUUUUUUUUCUUAUAACGUUUAAUGACAUGCGAGUCAAAUAAAAAUGUGAAAAUC